AUGGUCACGCUCCGUGUCGUGCUCGUCGGCGCUGCCGCCGUCGUGGCCGCUAUCAGCGCUGUUGAGAGACCGACGCUGCGCACGGCGUGCCCCGACGGCGCCUGCGUGCAGUACCCGAACGGGACGCUCGUCGCCGUCCCGAGAAGCGCGGAGUGGGACGUCGUCGUCAAUUGCAGCCUGCCGUUCACAGACAUUGAGGCCUUGCCUGCAAACGCAUCCAGCAUUAUCCUCGACAGCGUUGGACUCGAGCGACUGCCGCACGACUUGCGCGUCGACACGGCUGGCCGCGCCGUCCUCGCCCAGCGCUUAGCGUUCCCAAACAAUGCGCUCACAAGCCUCGAGCGUGUCCACCUGCCGGCCGGCACGACGCACUGGCAGGACACGAAUCGGGACGUGCACAAGAAUGCGAUUGCGACGCUCGGCGACGUCUCGAUGAACUCGAACCUCGUGCACUUGUAG